AUCAAUACCCAACAUCACUGAAACAAAUCCCAUUAUCCCAAUCUCACUAAAUAAAAAGCCAUUCAAAACCCUAACUCUUCUUUUCAUUUCGUAUCCCAUCGGUCGCGGCGCCUCUUCCAUUUCACCACCACCACCAUCAUCAUCAAGCUUUACCAAUGGGGAUCGAUUUAGUCGCAGGAGGUAAGAGCAAGAAGACCAAAAGGACUGCUCCCAAAUCCGAUGAUAUUUACCUCAAACUUCUCGUCAAGAUUUACCGUUUUCUUGUAAGAAGAACUGGGAGCAAGUUCAAUGCUGUAAUAUUGAAACGCUUGUUUAUGAGCAAAGUUAACAAGCCUCCGCUAUCUCUCUCUAGGCUUAUUGAGUUCAUGAAAGGAAAGGAGGAUAAGAUUGCUGUGGUAGUGGGGACUGUGACAGAUGAUAUAAGGGUUUAUGAGGUUCCAGCUUUGAAGGUUACAGCUCUUAGGUUUACUGAGACUGCUAGAGCUAGGAUUGAGAAGGCUGGUGGAGAAUGUUUAACUUUUGACCAACUUGCUUUGAGAGCUCCAUUGGGUCAGAACACGGUUCUCCUCAGAGGUCCGAAGAAUGCACGUGAAGCAGUCAAACACUUUGGGCCGGCUCCUGGUGUGCCUCACAGCCACACUAAGCCAUAUGUGCGCUCAAGGGGCCGGAAGUUUGAGAGGGCCAGAGGACGAAGGAACAGCAAGGGGUUUAGGGUUUAAGAUGACUUCAGUGUUUGUUCUGAGGCUUGUUUUUCAUUUAUUACUGCAAACAAAAUUUUGCUAUACAUUAGGUUUCUCUGGCAUUUGUUUACUUCAUGUUGGAUUUUGUUUAAUUAUGGAGUAGUUUUCUGGUUGACAUUGACAUUCUUAAUUGAGAGUGUAGUUAAGUUAA